AUGGGGAUGCUCCUACUGACUGUUCGUCGUCUCGGAUGGGCAACAGCUUUUGCGCCGUCCUUCCAAUCGAGCAUCGCUACGGCCACGCGAGCUCGAACCUCAUCUCGCCAAGCCAGUGAUUCUGACUUUGAUGACUUUUCUUCCCAGACGGCAUUCAUGUUCCCCGGGCAGGGCGCACAAUUUGUCGGCAUGUGUGGUGACGUCGUUAAGGAUGUACCCAAAGCCCAAGCGCUCUUCGAUCAAGCCAGCGAGAUUCUGGGCUACGACUUGCUGCAAGUGUGCGUUGACGGACCCAAGGAAAAGCUGGAUUCAACCGUAGUUUCACAGCCAGCUAUUUUUGUUGCCAGCAUGGCGGCGGUGGAAAAGCUCCGACAGGAACAGGGCGACGACGCCAUCAACGCCGCCACCUGCGCCAUGGGAUUGAGUUUGGGCGAAUACUCGGCGCUUUGCUUUGCCGACGCCAUUUCCUUUGCAGACGGUGUCAAAAUCACCAAGGCUCGGGGAGAAGCCAUGCAAGCCGCCGCUGAUGCCGUCGAUAGUGGCAUGGUUUCCGUUAUUGGACUAGACAAGGAAAAGGUGGCCGAGCUCUGUGCCAUGGCCAGUGAGAAAAGUGGCGAACGGAUCCAGAUUGCUAACUUCCUUUGCAGCGGAAACUACGCCGUGAGUGGCAGUUCCAAGGCGUGUGAGGCCGUCAAUGAACUCGCCAAACCCGAGUUCAAAGCACGCAUGACGGUGAAACUUGCCGUGGCCGGGGCGUUUCAUACGGAUUUCAUGAAACCGGCUGUUGCCUCCUUGGAAAAGGUCCUGGCCGAUGUCGAGAUUCAAAAACCACGAAUCCCCGUCAUUAGCAACGUGGAUGCCAAGCCACAUUCCGAUCCCGAAACCAUCAAAAAGCUCUUGGCGACCCAAGUCACGUCACCCGUCUUGUGGGAAAAUACUAUGGAUCUUAUGCUUUCCAGUGGCUUCGAAAAGGCCUUUGAACUAGGGCCUGGUAAAGUUACGGCCGGGAUUCUCAAGCGAUUCGAUAAAAAAGCCGAAUGUGAAAACGUUGAGGUGUAA